UACAAUAUUCAAAAUGGCCGCGCCAACAAGCUACGACUCGGCUUCCUCUCCGUCCAGGCUCUCCGCGGACGUCGUGAUUCAUACUACGGAGAUGCACACCGGCGGAGAGCCGCUGCGCAUCAUCGAUAGCGGCUACCCGACCCUAGUCGGUGACACCAUCCUCGAGAAGCGUAGAUACGCCCGCCAGAAUCACGAUCAGUUUCGUACCUUCCUUAUGCACGAACCCAGAGGACAUUACGACAUGUACGGCGCCAUCUUGGUCGAGCCAGACGCACCUGAAGCGCACAUGGCGGCUUUAUUUACGCACAACGAGGGCUACAGUACGAUGUGCGGGCAUGCCGUUAUCGCAUUGGGCAGAUAUGCAGUUGAUAGAGAAAUCGUGAAGCCAUCGAUUCCAGAAGCACAGGUCAACAUUCAGUGUCCGUGCGGUGUGGUGCGGGCUUACGUCUCGUGUGAUAAGAAUGGUAAAACCGGGGCCGUACGAUUUCACAGUGUUCCCGCCUUUCUUUUUGCAGAAGAUAUGGAAGUGGAUGUCGAAGGACUCGGCAAACUCCGUGUCGACAUCAGCUACGGCGGUGCCUUUUAUGCGUUUCUAGAUGCUGCUAAGAUUGGAUUGGAUGUAAGAACAUCGAGCACUCGGGAUAUUGUUGCUGCCGGGGCCAAGAUAACAGAUGCUGUUAAAACACAGAUAAAGCUUCAUCAUCCAGACAGUGACGACUUAGCAUUCCUAUACGGAACCAUCUUAACAGAUGGAAAUGACCAGUUCACUGAUGAACCUACGGCCAAUGUCUGCGUGUUUGCAGACAGUCAGGUUGAUCGAUGUCCAACUGGCUCGGGGGUGACAGCUCGAAUUGCUCUGCAAUACAAGAAAGGCUUAUUGCAGUUGGGACAACGUCGCGUAUUUCAGUCAGGCAUCACUAAAUCUACGUUCACUGGAAAGGUCAUUGCAGAAGCAAAGGCAGGUGAGGUCGACGCAGUGGUGGUGGAAGUAUGUGGAAGGGCGCACUACUGUGGCUCCAACGUCUUUACUUUCGAGGAAGACGAUAAUAUGAAAACGGGAUUCCUGCUACGUUAAGGAAAAUCUCAUCUGCCUUAAAUGAUACGCAAUGUCAUGAGAGCUGGAUUAUGAAAAAACACUGCAAAUAUUUCUCAUAGUUUACUUGUGCGGUUGUUUGCCUGCCGCAACAACGCCAACCGCUGGUUUUAACCUACCGCAAACAAAGUAUGUUAUGUUGCUUGAAAAAAACAUUGGGAUACUGAAUAAAUUAACAUGAAUUAAAAACACACAAAAACAAUAA